GAAAAUAUAGUUUUUUUUCUCUUAAGUAGCAUCAAUGCGUAUACACAACAAAACAUGUGUAUAUUUUUGCGUAUACAAUUUCAUAAUUCUAACCUCAUGUAACGCACAGAUGCAAGACUAGUUUUUUGUAGAAAAGAGAGAGCGACAUUACUUACUUCUUAAGUAAAAGCACUAUUUUUUGACAUGAAAGGAGUGUGCUAAUACUUAAAAAAAUGUUUUUCAGCUUUUGACUUACAAAACCUGAAAAGAUGUAUUCAAAUGAUUGUUUCUGCUUAAAUAAAGCACUUAAAAGCUAAAAGCUGCAAUUAUGUGGAAAGGUGCUUUAAAUGACUUUUUACUUUUUCUAUUACACAAAAAACACUUAUUUUACCAAACACUAUUAACAUGUACUUUUUCUAAAUCAUUUUUUUCUCAAACACUACGACUUUUACCCUUAAUUACUUUCUCCAAAAUCAGUUCAAGUAAUCAUCCUUUCUUUUAAAGUAAAAGCAAUCAAAAACACUCUCGAAAUUGUGCUUUUACCCCGAUGCCCCACCUCCUCCAGUGAUCCCACAUACAGAACAAAGAUUGACUUUUUUGUCAAAAAAAUCCAUUACGUAGUGUAACUUGUAACAUGUGGUUGUGUAACAAGUAACAAGUAACAAGUGCUUUGAUUGUGCUACGCAGUUCUUGGUUGAAGUCGUUUUGGACCGUUUGGUGAUGGAUGGAGUUAGGUGAAUUUUGUGUACUCCUUUUACUUACUGCUGCUAUAAAUUCCACUCACCCCUCACCACUCCAACCCAUCUCUUUAACAAAACCUUCAACCCUAAAUUUCUUUUCUUCACCUCCAAAUUUUAAAACACAGCACUUUAACCCCAAAAUGAAGCUCCCCUGUUUUUUAAUGCUUUUACUUUCGCCCCUCGUCUCUUUCGCCUUCACAGCACUCUCCGACUCAAACAAUAACCCCGUCUCCGACGGUGCUUCGCCGUCGCCGGUCCUCGAUGCCGAUGGCGGAAGCUUGCAAGCAGGCGCCAGCUAUUUUGUCCUGCCAGUCACACAUGGAAGCGGCCGCGGUCUCACCUCCGGGGCUGGUGGCAUCAUCCAAGAAGCCAGCGAGGUCCAGACCGGGUUUCCGGUGGCGUUCUCACCCGUCGACAGCCGGACCGGUUGGGUACCACUGUCAACCGACGUCAACGUGAAGUUCUUCGCCCCUACGGUCCGUACCAACGAGACGGGUUGGAUGAUCGGGAAGUACGACGAGCUGCUGAAGCAGUUUUUCAUCGUCACCGGUGGCGAAGAAGGGAACCCCGUGCCGGGGACCGUCGCGAACCGGUUCAAGAUCGAGAAGCACGGGUCGGAUUAUAAGUUCGUGUUCUGCCCGAGCCGGGUUGUGUGCCAAAACGUUGGGGUCUUUGUUGGACCGGCAGGAGACCGGUUCUUGGCCCUGACUGAUGCUCCGCUGGUGGUUACGUUCAAGAAAACCAGCUUCCCCCCGUUCAUUCCGACUCCGUUUCCACCGGGCCCGGAUGUCCCGGCACCGCUUCCACUGGCUCCGGUCGUUCCGACUCCGUUUCCACCGGCUCCGGUUGUUCCGGCUCCACCGGCUCCGGUUGUUCCGGCUCCACCGGCACUAGUCCCUCCGCCGCCUCCAGCCCCGGAUGCUUCAUCGGCUAUUUCUCACGCCAAGUGGAUUUUCUACAAUCACGUCUUCUUGACAUUUGCGGUCUUGUGCUUUUUCUAGAUUCGUCUAGUUGACUACCGCAUAAGUACUGUUUGUUACUACUUAGAAUCAUGCUUCUUCCACGCGCUUAACACGCUAUUUUACGCGUUCAAACGGCAUUGUUCUAAUGGUUAUUGGUUAAUUAGACUGGUCAAGUGUCGGGGUGUGGUGUAACCCUGACCUGACGUAUUAAGAAUAAUGCAAACGUUUUAGCGGCUUUGCAUUGCUAUAGUUCUGUUACGUUUCACCGUUUGUCAUGUUCGUAUGGUUGUGCCGAACUCAUGUAUGGUGAUUUAUAAAUUAUUAUAUUCUAUGGUUUAAACUUUAAAUUAAUUCCGGAGGAGUAUUUGUUGGAAAAAGUGUGUUAAAAGUGUAUUAAAUGGUUAUUUUGGG